ACAGGACAGUCAGUUUUUAUUUCUGAUUUUGGCACAUUCUACAGAGGAGAGAGCUUUCACCAUUGAUGGAGAGAAAUGUUGAUCAGAAGCAUCAUGCUCUACUUAAUCAAGGAGAAGAAAAUGAGAUGGAAACGCGUGGCUACAAAGAGCAGUCCUGCAGAAGAGCAGCCUGUAUUCUUGGAUAUAUAUUUUCCUGUGGCUUUCUUUGGCUUCUCUUCUAUUGGAAGCCAGAAUGGCAUGUCUGGGCACACUGUGUUCCAUGCAGCAUGCAGGAAGCUGACAUUAUACUGCUGAAAACCACAGAUGAAUUUGAACAUUAUUUCAGGAAAAGCAUAGAAUGGAUUCAGCUGCAGGACCUGAACAUAUCAAUGAACACAAACACUGCCCAGCCGGUGAUUGCUGAUGGGAAAUCUAUCAUUACUAAAGCCAUCCAUAAAACAGGCCUAAAGGUUAAACUGAUAAAAGUACAAAAAGUCACUUACGUUUGGGAUCAAGAAGCACAACAGUUUCAGAGAGCAGGGGUUCUUGAGGACAGCCUAACCUGCUUUGACAUUCAUUCCAAAUUUGGUUCUGGCUUAACACGUGAAGAGCAGAACAUCAGGAAAACAAUUUGCGGAUCAAAUGCCAUUGAAGUUGACAUUGAACCAAUCUGGAAAUUAUUGUUCAAAGAGGUGUUGAACCCCUUUUAUGCCUUUGAAGUUUGCAGUUUAGCUCUGUGGUUGGCCGUGGGGUUCAUUGAAUAUUCAAUUGCUGUUAUUAUAAUGACUCUCAUUUCCAUCAUUUUUACAGUUUAUGACUUAAGAAAGGAAUCUGUGAAACUUCAUAACCUGGUGAAAUCCAACAACACUGUCAAGGUGACCAUACGUCAGAAAAAUGGAGAAUGUAAAGAGAUAGAGUCACACUGCUUGGUGCCAGGGGAUGUAAUCGUUGUUACAGGAAAGAAGCAGUUCUUACCAUGUGAUGCCAUACUUCUCAAUGGAGGAUGUAUUGUGAAUGAAAGCAUGCUUACAGGUGAAAGUAUUCCUGUCUCUAAAACUUCCCUACCCAACAAUAACCAUACCAUGCCGUGGAAGGCGCACAGUGGAGAGGAUUUCAAAAGACAUAUACUUUUCUGUGGAACAGAAGUCAUUCAGACGAAGCCAGCUAGCCACGGGCAAGUGAAGGCAGUUGUCCUAAGAACUGGAUUUAAUACUGCUAAAGGAGAUUUGGUCAGAUCUAUCUUGUACCCAAAACCCAUGAAUUUUAAACUGUAUAGAGAUGCCUUCAGAUUCUUGAUGAUUUUAGCUGGAGUUGCUGUGAUUGGAACAAUCUACACUGUGGCUGUUUUUGUCUUAAAGGGGGAGUCUCCCACUCAAGUAGUGAUCAAAGCUUUAAUCAUUAUUACUACUGCUGUCCCUCCAGCACUGUCAGCUGCUUUGUCUACAGGAAUCAUGUAUGCACAGCGCAGACUCAAAAGAAAGGGAAUUUUUUGCAUUAGUCCUCAAAGGAUCAAUGUAUGUGGUCGGCUGAACAUUAUUUGUUUUGAUAAGACGGGAACUCUAACAGAAGACGGUUUAGACCUUUGGGGAGUGCUGCCUUCUCAAGGAAACUGUUUCCAGAAAAUUCAUAACUUUACAUCAGAUGACACUUUGCCUUGGAGCCCCCUUCUCGGAGCACUGAGCUGCUGCCACUCUUUAGUAUCUAUUGAUGGAAAACUACAAGGAGACCCACUGGAUCUAAAAAUGUUUGAGGGCACACAAUGGGAAUUUAUGCAAUCAAAUUUUGAAGAUAAUGAAAUUGCAUCAUCUAGUCUGGUUGUAAAGCCUGGUCAAGCAUGCAGUUCUAGUCCAGCAGAAGGAAUAGCCAUCAUCCACCAGUUUCCAUUUUCUUCAAGUUUACAGCGCAUGUCUGUCAUCACUCAAGAGAUUGGACAAGAUAAACUUGUAGUAUAUAUGAAAGGAGCUCCUGAGAUGGUGACUAAAUUCUGCCGUGAAGACAGUGUUCCAAAAGGCUUUACUAGUGAACUUCAGUUUUACACAAUGAAAGGAUUUCGAGUUAUUGGACUGGCAUAUAAAGUGCUGGAGGAAGAAAAGCUCUGUAGAAAUGGCAGCUUCAUUAGGGAGGAUGUUGAAUCAGAUCUGGAAUUUCUUGGAUUGCUUAUAAUGGAAAACAGAUUAAAACCUGAAACCAAACCUGUUCUACAAGAACUGAGUGCUGCCAACAUCAGGACUGUCAUGAUUACUGGUGAUAAUUUACAAACAUCCAUAACAGUGGCAAAAACAUCUGGCUUAGUCCCUGAGAACAGCAGUAUUAUCCUUGUAGAAGCUGAAGAACCAUCUGGACUGAACUCUGCAAAGAUCUCCUGGCAUGCAAUCGAGAGCCAAGAACAAACUUCCAAUGACACAAAAGUGUCAUUGAACAUUGAUAUUGAACAUAGAACAAUUUCAGAGGAGGCACAGGGCGACUAUCAUUUUGCCAUGAGUGGAAGGACAUAUCAAGUUGUCUUGCAGCAUUUUCAAAGUUUGCUACCAAAACUUCUGGUGAAUGGGGCUGUGUUUGCAAGAAUGUCACCUGGACAAAAAUCUAGUCUAAUAGAGGAAUUCCAAAAACUAGACUACUACGUGUGCAUGUGUGGUGAUGGUGCCAAUGACUGUGGUGCUCUAAAAGUUGCACAUGCCGGCAUAUCACUCUCUGAGCAAGAAGCUUCUGUUGCCUCUCCAUUUACUUCCCGUACUCCAAACAUAGGAUGCAUCCCAGAACUAAUCAAGGAAGGGAGAGCUGCAUUGGUCACAUCUUUCUGUGUCUUUAAGUACAUGACUCUUUAUGCCAUGAUCCAGUUUGUUUGUUUACUGCUACUCUACUGGCAAGUGAACAUCUUGUCAAACUACCAGCUUCUUGUCCAAGAUGUGGCUGUUACGAUUGUAGUCUGCUUGACAAUGAGCCUAAACCAUGCAUAUCCAAAACUAGCACCAUACCGGCCUCCAGCACAGCUUAUGUCACCUCCGCUCUUGCUCUCAGUAGUCAUUCAUGUAAUUGUCACUUCAGCCAUUCAGGCCUAUGGAUUUAUUGUCGUCCAGCAACAAACAUGGUAUUCUGUGCAUCCUAGUAGGUAAGAGCUUCUCAACUAGUAGUA